AUGCUGCACGACCAACAGUUCUCUAGGCUGCGACAGCCUUCCUUUUCUUCCGCGCUGACGCUCGCCGCUCAGCGGCAAAUUGGCGUUGUUUCAUCGUCGGGUUCUUCACCCGCCUCUGUUGCCUCUUCCGCUUUCCUCGCUUCCUCCACUCACGGCCCUGCCCGUUCUAUCUCUGCUGAUUCCGCUUCUCCUCACAGCGACGGCUCAUCGAGCUCCGCCUCAGCGUACUCCAUUCCACCUCAGACGCGGGCCUCCGAGUUCUUGUCUUCAUCUCGCACGCUUCUGCCCCUCGCCCAACGGAUUGGAGGCGCGACCGCGGUCGGAGGCGCGGGCGGGACUCGCCCGGCAGUCGCCGGCUUCCGGCAGGGCGCCUCGCGCGGCCUCCCAGCGGCGCCUCGCGAUGCGGGGCUUCCCCCCAAGAAGCGGGACAGGGCGGAAGGCGAGACGGGCGCUGAGGGAGCGGAGGUCAAGCGAAUUAAAGGAGGCGAAGUUUUGCAGCCUGAUGCCGUUCGCAUAGACACAGCGCAGGCCUGUGGUGGCGAGGAGGGGCGCUCCUCGCAGCCCGCCAGGAAGGCCCGAGCCAAGCGGAGGGGGAUCGCAGGCCGUGCGGCGAAGACGCCAAAUACGAAGGCGGAGCGCGCCGGUGCGGAACGGCAGAGUCCGCUGACGAGGAAAAGGCAACGCGCCACAAGAGAGAAGAAGGAGACUCAGCGGAAUGUGUCACAGGGGCCUCAAGGCACACACUCCCAACGCGAGGCCGAUGGGGACUGGGGAGGCACGAGUCGACGGCGAGACGCCGACGCUGAAGCCAAGGCGGCGCAGACGCCCGCCAGGAGCGUCUGGCAUCCGCCAAACGCGGUGCGGUCAUGUGAACCUGCCCCUACUUCAUCUCCCUCAGCGUCGCCGCUGCGCAGUGCGGCCUUCGGCGGCUCGAGGCCCUCUCGGCUUCCGCGGGACGUGGAGGUCCUUCCUUCAGGCCUGCGAUGCAAUCGCCGCGCCCAGCUCGCCGCACUCCUUCUCCCGCCUUCGCCUUCGCCGUCGUUCGCGUCCUCUUCUGCCGCCGCCACUCUCGCGGCCGCCGCGCACCCCUCGCUGCCCCCCGCGCUCUGCGAGGGGCUUCUGGGCCCCGCGGGCCUCGCGAAGGUCCGCGGGGCGGAGGCUCGGGAGCGGCGCCUGCGGGCGGCGAAGGAGGAAGCGAGGCGGCGGGAGGGCGGGCUAGCCUCGGCGCGAGGCGCCGGAGCCGAAACGAAGGUCGCGCCACCGCUGACGCUCGCUGCAUUCUCGCGGCUGCGGCAGGACUGCCUGGCGAACCGGGUCGCGCCCGCGCCGCCGCUCGGCGCGUCCUCCUCACCUCGGCUUCUUCUCCAGCGGAAGGCGAGCGCGGUGGCGAGCCUGGCGCCUGGCCUUUUGAGCGCCGAGGGCGCGGCGGCGGAGGCGCAGACCCGUGACGUGCUCCAGGAGCUGCUGGACCAGGCGAGGAUGAAGGCCGAGGCGCGGAAGCGCGAGCGAAUGAAGGAGCUUGAGCGGCAGCGCGAGGAGGCGCUGCGCAUCGAGAGGGAGAAACAGCUGCGCGGGGAGGGCGAGCAGGAGCUCGAGGGCGGAGUCGCUGGGCAGGCGGACCUCCCGUCGGCUCCCUCGGCAGUGGCAUCCGCGUCGGCGCUGCCGGCGCCUCGGCGCGAGAAGCGCAUGCUUGUGGGGUCGGACGGCGGUGAUGGCGCGGCUGGGCGUCUAGGGGCCGGGGCGCCCUGCGAAAUGUUCGACCUCUUCCAGGACGAUGACACAUCCGUUUUAGCCUCACGCGCGGGCCUUGUCGUGGACUCCUGCGCGUGGAACGGCGUCUCCAGUUCUUCGUUCGCCGCCGCCGAGAUGAAGUCGACGAGCUCCCGGAGCUUCCGCGUGGGCGCAGACGACUACGACGCCUGGGCCGCGGGGACUGUCUCCGUCAACACCGUGAGCCGCAACUGGGACAGCGACAGGAGCUUUGCGUGGGAGGCUGAGGUUCAAACAUGCAAUCGCGAGGUCUUCGGCAACCACACCUUCAGGCCCAUGCAACGCGCCAUUAUCAACGCCGUGUUGAGUCAGCGAGACGUGUUUGUCAUGAUGCCGACCGGCGGCGGGAAGUCCCUCUGCUUCCAACUGCCUGCGCUGGUCUCCGGAGGCGUCACGGUGGUGGUCAUGCCCCUCGUCUCGCUCAUCACGGACCAACUCGAGCAAAUGCAACUUUUGAACGUCGGCUGCCGCGCCUUCGCCGCGAACCAGCCCUGGGAGGAACAGAAGGCUGUCUACGACGAACUACGCCGCGGAGACGGGGCAGUGCAUCUGCUGCUUGUCACGCCCGAGAAACUGAAGAACAGCGCGCUGCUGCGGUCUUGCCUCCAUGAGUUGAACCGCGACGGCCGCCUGGAUCGCUUCGCCAUCGACGAGGCGCACUGCGUCAGUCAGUGGGGCAACGACUUCCGCCCAGACUACCGCCAGCUCGAAAGCCUGCGCGAAGAGUAUCCAAACGUUCCACUGCUCGCGCUGACAGCCACGGCGACGAAGCCAGUGCUCCAAGACGUUAUUUCGCAGCUGCGCAUGCGCGAGCCCGUUGUCUUCCAAGGCUCCUUCGACCGACCCAAUCUCAGAUACGAGGUGCGGCCAAAGGUCGCGAGGCGCAUUGCAGAAGACAUUGCGAACACCAUCAAGACUGAAUUCGACGGCUUUUCCGGCAUCGUGUACUGCCUGAGCCGGAAGGAGUGCGAGCGCAUCGCGGAAGGCCUUCAGAGACACGGGGGCAUUUCCGCAGGUUUUUACCACGCGCAACUCGAGGCGGAAAAACGCGAAGAGAUUCAAAGAGACUGGAUGAACGACGAUAUCAAGGUCAUAGUCGCAACGCUGGCCUUCGGCAUGGGAAUAAACAAGCGCGACGUUCGCUUCGUGAUUCACUGCGCCAUGCCGAAGUGCCUCGAAAACUUUUAUCAGGAGUCCGGGCGGGCGGGCCGCAAUGGCGACGAAGCUUCGUGCAUUCUCUUCUACGACUACCAUGACAAGCAGCGUCAGUCUCACCUCAUUCAACUGAACAGCGCCGAAGCCGCUUCAGGCUCGCGCAGGCAGGCGGACGCGCAAGCGAGCCGCAACGAAGAGAAUCUUCUCUCCAUGGUCGAGUACUGCGAAGAAGAAGAGGAGUGCAGAAGGCGCUUUAUUCUUCGCCAUUUUGGCGAAGACUUCAGAGGUCCCUGCGCAGUCCGCUGCGACAACUGCAGACGUCGCGAGACGCGUCGCGCUCCGCCGCGCGUUCUCCGGUGCGCCGACGAAGUCAUGCAGAUCGUCGACUUGGUGCGGCGCUGCAAGGCGGAGUAUCCGUCCUUUCCGCUCACGCUGUCGUCGCUGCGCGAUCUGCUGCAAGGCAAGAAAAACGCGCGGCGCAGCGCGGCGGUCGACCGACUCCCACAGUUCGGGUUGCUUGUCAAGCGGCGUUGGUCGCCGCACGACUCCUUUCGCCUCCUCAAGCGCCUCAUCAUCCGCCAAGUGCUGCACGAACGCUGCGUGACGACGGGCGGCGCUGGCGGCGGCUCAGGCUUUGCGGGGUUCACUGCCUACAUCGACCUCGGCGCGCAUUCUCACCAGGCGGCGGCGCUCGUGUCCUCUCUCCCUGCGUCGGCGCUUUCCGCCGACAGCGGCGACGGCGGAGAGCGCCAAGGCCGGGCGCCUUCUUCUGAGGCGCCCCGGGAGGAGCCUCGUGACGGCGCGCCCGCGAAGCGGCGCCGAAAAGGCCGGGUCGCAGGCGGCGCAGAGGCCCGCGGCGACCGGCGCCUGGUUGGCGCAGGCGACGAUAACGCGUCGGCGAGAUUCGACUCGGCGGACGCGCAUGCCCCGCGCGGCGGCGGGGGCCCGCUGUUGUCCUCCGCGGCGCCGCCGGCGCUCAGUCAGCCUCUGAGCGGAGACGAGUGGAGGCGCGAAGGGCGCGGCGCCGCGGGCGGCUGGGUCGCGGAGAGCGAGAGGGGGCGCGCGCUUUCGGCGGCUCAGCAGAAGGAGCUCAAGGUGAAGCUUCACGACGUGCGCAAGGAAACUGCGAAGCUCUAUGGCAUCAAGAAUUCGUCGGCGAUUGUCAGCUUGCAGGGCAUAGAGGAAAUGGUCACGCGUCUGCCCACGACCCGCGAGGCGCUCAAGAGCAUGGAGCUGACAGACUUCAAAAGUCAGUACAAGCUAAAUAAAUACAGCGCGGUUUUCACCGACGCGAUUCGGCGUUACCUUCUUGAGCAUAAUCUCGAGUGCUUCGUGCAGUCCGCAGGUCACAUUCCGCCGGUGAGCAAAUCCGGCGGCGAGUGCACGCCGGGGUCGUUCGCCUUCUUGAGCAGAGUCGCGGCGCAUGCCAGCGCGCGCGGCGAAGGCUCCAUCCCGGUCGGCGGGGGCGCAGGGAGUUCCUCCCAUGAGUUGAGCUCUCGAGACGCCUUCCAGCCGGCUGGUUCGCGGCAGGGGCUCGACGACCUCUCCAUGCAGACGCGGGACUCGAUCUCGUCUGCCGGCUCCAGCCGCGCGAGCGACGCCUUUACGGCGCCCGCGGCCGCCUCAUUCGGCCCCUCCGCCGCCGCCCCGCCGCCGCACGCCCGAGGCGGCGCAAUGGAGCAACGGCGCUCAGAAGGGUUCUCUUCGUUUCGGUACUCGGCGCCCUCCGCGGCCGCAAGCGGCGCGCGCAUCGCGUGCGCAGAGGAGGCCCGAACGGCGGCGGCGUCGCGGUCUGUAGCUUCGUGCUAUUUCUCCGCUAGGCAGAGCGCCGCGCGGCCCAAGCCAGGCGACACGUUGACCAUCUUCCACACUCCGCUGCCGAGUUACGGUACAGAUCGAGAGAGAGGCGGGAUGACGCGAUCCAGCAGCUACGUCAGCAUCGAAGAAAUCGAUGACUUUGCGACGUGCGGCUAA